UUUGGUAACGAGGGGCAGGGUGUUAUGUUUUGGAGUAACUUCUAAGAUCAAGCUUAGUUUCAUUCUGUUGUUACGUGGUAUAGUGUGACUGGUCAGAUCAAAUUGGUUCAGAUUGCGGUCAAGACUCCAACUUCCAACGACCGCACUGUGCCCAUAUACGAUGUGCCCUUUUUUCUUGCUGAGCCACGUUUCACCAUAAUUUCCAACUCAUUGAUUCACUGAUUCUCAGAGUCCCUCUUUCUUUUGAAACUUCCCACGAGUCAAUUUAAAUACUUUUUUAAAUAUACCCAAUCUUCAACAUUUUUUCUCCUCGGGUUUGAGUUAGAGAUGGCCUUUGCAAUUCCAAGUAUCGUUGCUUCUCUUGUAUUUCUUCUUCUUCUUCUGCAACCUCUGGCUGCUACAAUGGAUUUCUUGUCUCCUCUGUUCUCUCCCAUAGCCGAUGAUAUAUGCAAAGAAGUUAAAUGUGGAAGAGGUGCUUGCAAAUCUUCGGGCAAUAGCUCUCUUUACGAAUGCGAGUGUGAUCCAGGUUGGAAGCAAACUCGUUUUUCUGACGACGACAAGUUAAAGUUUCUUCCUUGCAUAGUUCCCAAUUGUAGUCUUGAACAAUCUUGCACCAACGCGCCUUCCCCUGCUCAAGAGAAAGCAAAAAAUACUACUGGGUCAAUAUUUGAUGUUUGCCGUUGGGUUGAUUGUGGAGGCGGAUCAUGCAACAAGACGUCUAUGUUCUCCUACAAUUGUGUUUGCGAAGCUGGCUUUUACAAUCUUCUCAACACCACUGCCUUCCCUUGUUUCAAAGAAUGUUCUCUUGGCUUGGAUUGCAAGAACCUUGGAAUAUCUUUGACAAACUCAUCGAAUGCUUCUCCACCACCGGCAUUGGAUAGCAAUAGUAACGAGGCUGUCUCAAUCAUACGAGGAAGCUUCUUUUGGAUGUUCGCGCUGAUUCUGUUCAUGGCUGUGGUUCAGUUGCAAUAGGACACAGUAGCUUAUAGUUUUAGGAGAGUACCUGAUUUUGUUAUUGGUUUUUGGUGAGCCUUGGAUAUUUUGUAGAAAAGGAUCUUCUAAAAUACUUUACAGCGAAGUUAGAAAGGGGUAGGAAGAGAUAAAUUGGCCUUAUUCCUCAGAGAUCCACAUGUGCAGAUGUGGAAUGUAUCACUUUAUUUCUAUCUUUCUCUUACUCUACUUCUUUGAAGUACUUUAAAGAUCUUGAUUCGGAUGUUUUGUGAAAUAAAUAACUCAGCUGAGAUGAUAUUCUGCUGCAA